UCCUUUUUUUGGGCCUAAAACCAGUAAAGGUUUUUAUUAGGCUCAAAAUAGGUCCAAUGAUGAAACAAACACUAUCUUACUAAAAAAGCCCAAAUUUAUCGUAGCAGGCUGGGCCCAAAGAGACCUCCUUGGGCCGAUUCGGCUAUAUACCCAAAAUAAUCUCUCUAUAUAUAUAUGCACCAUCUAUUUCAUUUCUAGGGUUAGGGUUUUACUUUGCGGCAGCUUCAACUUGUUCAUCUCCAACCUCUCAAAUCCUCGUCGCUGUCGAGCAAUUUCUCUCAGUCACCAUGGGGAAAACACGUGGUAUGGGAGCUGGUCGUAAGCUGAAGUCCCACCGUAGAAGACAAAGGUGGGCCGACAAGUCAUACAAAAAGUCUCACCUUGGUAAUGAAUGGAAGAAGCCAUUUGCUGGGUCUUCCCACGCAAAGGGAAUUGUCCUAGAGAAGAUAGGUAUUGAGGCCAAACAGCCAAACUCUGCUAUUAGGAAAUGUGCUAGAGUUCAACUAAUCAAAAAUGGGAAAAAGAUUGCUGCAUUUGUCCCCAACGAUGGUUGCUUGAACUACAUUGAAGAAAACGAUGAGGUUUUGAUUGCUGGAUUUGGACGUAAGGGUCAUGCUGUCGGAGAUAUUCCUGGUGUUAGAUUCAAGGUUGUGAAGGUUUCUGGUGUCUCCCUGUUGGCUCUCUUCAAGGAGAAGAAGGAGAAGCCCAGGUCUUAAGUUGAGGGGAGAAGAGCGUAUCUUCUGUUUUAGAUGGUUUUGUUAAAGGAUGUUACUUUAUAUUUUUGAGUGAAUUUUGUGAACAAUCUUUAUUAAUUUUAAGCUUUUGUUUUGAGUUUGGGACAAUGAUUUUUUUACUCCAAGAUCUCCUUUUACAAGCCUGUUUAAUGGAUU